GGAAGCACGAAGCGAGAAAUGGGAAUGGUUAAGUUUGCGCCGUGUGCUGUUUUUGUAUCUCGUCAUUUGUCAUAACUUGUUGAGAAACAAAUGAAAAUAAUGUCACAUGUUCCAAUAAUGCUUACUGAGACACGUGACUUCUCUCGGUUCUGUACCAGAAGCUGAAAAAUAUUUACAAUUGUGGAACGAAGGGGACUGCCAACGAAGAAAGCGAUCAUAACCUCGAAACUUUAACACUGGUGGUGAAAAGAUUGUUGAAAAAAUAAAAAUACAAUUUAAAUUCUCCAUAAUAGACCAGAACUCGCAUCAAUAAUACAGAAAAUUAUUCAAUAUGGGAAUUCGAGGGCUGACGACUUUCAUCGCAAGGCAUUCAGAGCAGUACUUGGAACCGUUCGAAUUGCAUGACACAUAUUUGGUCAUUGACGGUAAUAGCAUAGCGUGCCAACUCUACAAUUGGCAUGCCCGUUGCAACUGUGCCUUUGGGGGUGAUUACGACAGGUAUGCAGAACACGUCAGAGAGUUUUUUGAUAAUUUGAUUAGAUGCAAGAUUACUCCACUUGUCUUAAUCGAUGGCGGAUAUGAAAAUAAAAAAAUUAAAACUGCAUACUCUCGUCUACGAUCUAAAAUUAAAAUGGCGUCAUACUUUACACCUACACAAAGUUUGAAAUUUUUUCCCAUAUUGAUGAAGGAAGUCUUCAGGGAUGUAAUGGAUGAGAAGGGUGUCAAGUACGCUCAGUGUGCUUUUGAAGCUGAUGAUGAAAUUGCUGCUGUUGCUAGGAUUCUAGGCUGCCCAGUGCUUAGUUAUGACUCUGAUUUUUUCGUCUACGGAGUGUUGUAUAUACCUUACGAUACACUGGACGCGGGAUACGUUAAAGGCCGAAAGACAAAUGGAUAUGUUAAGAGGUGUAAAAUUUAUCGAGUGAAAAAGUUCUUGGACAGUUUUGGAGGCUUGGACCGAUCUCUGCUACCUUUGAUCGCCACAUUAUUAGGCAAUGACUACAUUAAGCGUGGCGUUUUUAAGCAAUUUUUCCAGAACUUGAAAUUGUCUAAACUAACUAAGAAAAAUAGCAAUGAACAACAGCGGCGAAUUGCAGCAUUACUCAAUUGGCUACAACCAUAUACCUUGAACAGCGCUGUUGGAGCAGUGCUUAGUAGGAUACAAAAGGAACAUCGGCGUAGAAUUAUGAGGGAAAUGGAAGCAGUUAUUGUUGGUUAUACAAAUUCUUCUCCCCGUAUGCUAGCACCACUUGGAUUUUCCAAAGAAUAUGUAGAUGAAGUAGAAACAAACGGAGUAAAUACACCUUUCAGAUUCCAAGAGGAUUUUAGUAGCUUGGAAGUUUUAGAAGAUUCAAUAAAUCUGGAAGAGUCUUCAAAAAGUGAUUACGACGAUAAAGAUGAUGAUCAGGAGCAUGAUGACAGUAACGAUGAAGAUGAUAAUGACAACGAAUAUGACAAUGACGAGGAUGAUGAAAAUAUCAGUGAUUAUGAUGAAAUAGAUUUAUGUACUGAAAAUUUCUUAAGUAGGGCCGCUCCACCUUGGUUCAUUGACGAGUAUAGCAAAGGACAAUACCCUCCCUAUUUCAUUGAUAUGAUGUAUCGCCAGUUGUUGUUUUGCCCACCACAAAUUGAAGAUUAUUUUUAUCCAGCGUCGCAUCUUGGAAGUUUGAAAAUUAUUAGCGUUAUCUUUGAACUCUUGACAUCGAACAGAAAAGAUGUGAAGAAAAAUUUAGAGUAUGUUAUACGAGAUAACAAUAAUCGAGCAACUCGCUAUCAACUACAGUCCUGCAGAGAGAUCUUUUCAUUUCAUUUUCCACCAUUGAAGGAUCUCAACACACUUCCUCUUACUGUCAGAGCAGGCAUAUUAACUCGCACCUUGGGAACUCCAAAAGAAUUCAACGCAGAUCUUAUAUUGCCUGAGUGGAGAUUGUAUCUGGCCACUAUCAUUUAUUGGAGCCAGCAAGGACAUGAACCUUUGGUGACUAGCUGCCACAUUUAUGCAUUGCUGUGCUCAAUGCUGUUUGGCAUCAUAGAUCAAAAAUUAGGAUUUUGUCGUUCAGUACAUAAACUGAAGGCUAAAUAUAAUGAUGUAAUUAAAAUGAAUGUCGAAAAUAGAAAACCUUUGGUAGACAAGGUGUUGUUUCCAACAAAUGCAAGUCUCAUCCAUACUGGAAAAUAUGUGACACCAGAGGACUGUUUUUCAGCAGCGAAUUUUUUCAUCCCCUAUUUUAAUCUUCCCCCAAAGAUAUCGUCCAGCCCGAAAGCGUUUAAUGUUACCGUUGUUCAUUCAUUUUCACAGUUUCAAAGUUGUUUGAGGUAUAGUAUGCAUCUCAAUGCUUUGCUCGGGUAUCCAUGUAUUCAGCCAAAGGUUGCGGAAGUUUAUAAUGGUACAUUGCUCUAUAAUUUGUAUCACAACUUCAAGAAGCGCAAUAGCAUAGAAGCCUACAUAAAUGUUGUACUCAAAGAUUCUCCAAGCCUUUUACAAAUUUUCAAUUCACUUAAUAAUGCCAUUAAAACACCACUGGCCACAGUAUUUGAACAUAAUGUAAACCAGAAGAGAAGGCGUAAAAAUAAAAAUAAAUCAAAGAAAGUUGAUGAAGAUGAGUACAUGAGCUGUGCUAGUGAAGACGAAAUUCUAGAAAAAAAUCAUCCCUUUAUAGAUCCAAACAAUCCGUUUUGUGUUCUUAAUGCAAUGGAGUAGUCAAAUAUCACUCAUCGGUACACAGGAUUUGUAAAAUAGUGUACAUUUGUUAAUGGAGCGACCUGUACAAAAGUGAAACUUUUGGUAACGAUUAAAAAAGUAUUUUAAGGAUAGAUUUAUUUUACUACAAUAAUUUUGUACAUAGUCACCAUUGAAAUAGCGUAAGAAUAAGGUAUGCAAAGAGAGUAAACUUAUACAUUGUUACAAAUGUAAAUAAUAUUCUAUCAGAGUAACAAAUUUAACCUGGUUGUUAUAUUUUUUUUUUCAACAAAUGA